AUGGCUGCUUGUGCUUUGUUCAGUGGUGGCACUAACAUUACCGAAGAUGGCAAUGUUAACAACGGAAGUGGAAGUGCUACUAGUCCUCUGACAAGUGCGUCUAACUCUAGCAACAUGAGCAACGAGGAACAACAACACCACCACCACCACCUACAUGGCAUCGUGCCACAGCCUCAUUGUGAGAGAAAAAUGGUGAGGAAAAGAAUGGCUUCAGAGAUGGACCAAGUUAACGUUCAUCCCACUCCUCCACACAACUCUUCCUCCACGAGUGAUUAUCCUAGGUUUCCUCGUCGAAGCACCACCAACAUGAACAUGUCAUCCUUAGAAAAAGGGUCCACCACCACAGCUACGUUAGCCGCAGAUAACGUUGCUGUUCCAAAUUACCCCACUGUGACGGUCACAACCAACUACUCCACUAUGUUGCUACCUUCUUCCACCACCAUCAAUUCUUCUGGUGUUGCUCCAAACCACAGUACUCACCAACACCAUCAUUUCCAAGGACUUGUUGAAAGUCAAAGCCAGGGCCAGCAAAACCCUGUGCCCGCAGUGUGUGGAUUCUCAGGGUUACCACUUUUUCCAUCUCAAAGCCAAAGGAACCGAGACAAUAACACUACCACCGCCAACAUAAGAAGCAGUGGAGGAAAUAUUGUUGACGUGGUUGCUUCUUCUCCUUCCAUGGAUGAAACUUCAGCCGCAACAAGUGGUUGGAUCGAUGUUAUGUUGAAGGAUCUCAUUCACAGUUCAAACAGUGUUUCAAUUCCUCAACUAAUCAGCAACGUGAGGGAGAUUAUUUACCCUUGCAACCCCAACCUCGCGACGGUUCUUGAAUACAGGUUGCGUCUUCUCACCGAGUCUACCCCACAAAACAAAAGAGGCACGGAAGGGGUUCCUCUUCCUCCUUCCGUGUCCUCAGUGAAGCUCAUGAAUAACCGUGUGGAUGGCAUUGUUCCUAAUUUGCACUUCACAGAUGCAUCAGGUGGGGCUGUGGUUGUGAAUCAGCACAUGUUGUCCAGUUGGGGUGUGCCUCCAAUCACUCCCCACCAUGAUAACAACAGCACCCCUUCAGUUUCUUUGGUUACUUUGCCUUCACCGCCGCCACCACCCCAUUAUUCACCCCCACAAGAGAAGCAGCCUCACCCUCAAGAGGAAGAUCUAGGAGCAACCAGCAGUGCUGAGGUGGCACUGACAAGAAAGAAGAAAGAAGAGUUGCGGGAACAGAAGAAGAAAGAUGAGGAGGGUUUGCAUCUACUCACUUUGCUGCUUCAGUGUGCAGAAGCUGUUUCAGCAGAGAAACUAGAAGACGCCAACAAGAUGUUGCUAGAGAUUUCCCAAUUGUCAACACCCUUUGGCACAUCAGCACAGCGUGUGGCCGCUUAUUUUUCAGAAGCCAUAUCAGCAAGGUUGGUGAGUUCAUGUUUGGGGAUAUACGCCACUUUGCCACACACUCAUCAAUGCCACAAGGUGGCAUCGGCUUUCCAAGUGUUCAAUGGUAUCAGUCCUUUCGUGAAGUUCUCACACUUCACAGCAAACCAAGCUAUCCAAGAAGCUUUUGAAAGGGAAGAGAGGGUGCACAUCAUAGAUCUGGACAUAAUGCAAGGGUUACAGUGGCCUGGUUUGUUUCACAUUCUAGCUUCAAGACCUGGUGGAGCCCCUUAUGUGAGGCUCACGGGGCUUGGUACCUCCAUGGAAGCACUUGAAGCCACGGGUAAACGUUUGUCUGAUUUUGCAAACAAACUUGGCCUUCCCUUUGAGUUCUUUCCCGUGGCUGAGAAAGUUGGGAACCUUGACCCUGAGAGGCUCAAUGUUAGCAAAACCGAAGCUGUUGCAGUUCACUGGUUGCAACAUUCCCUCUAUGAUGUCACCGGUUCAGACACCAACACCCUGUGGCUCUUGCAGAGGCUGGCACCCAAAGUAGUGACUGUGGUAGAGCAAGACCUAAGCAACACUGGUUCAUUCUUGGGGAGGUUUGUGGAGGCUAUACACUACUACUCAGCAUUAUUUGACUCUCUUGGUUCUAGCUAUGGGGAGGAGAGUGAGGAGAGGCAUGUGGUGGAACAGCAGCUAUUGUCUAGGGAGAUUCGCAAUGUGCUAGCUGUUGGGGGGCCAUCAAGGACUGGAGAGCCAAAGUUUCACAACUGGAGGGAGAAGCUUCAGCAGUGUGGGUUUAGAGGUAUAUCUCUGGCUGGUAAUGCUGCCACUCAAGCUAGUCUACUCCUUGGUAUGUUCCCAUCCGAGGGCUAUACCUUGGUGGAGGACAAUGGCAUCCUUAAACUUGGUUGGAAGGACCUUUGCUUGCUCACUGCUUCAGCUUGGAGACCUCCCUUCCAUAGUGGCACUGCCAUUACCCAUCACCACUAG